CCCGAGUGCCAUCCCCUGGGCCGCGGCCAAGCCGUGAGCAAAUGCUGCCCAGACUCUCAGGGCCCCCCGCCACGGUAUCUCCCGCAUUCCUGCGGCAGAUCUGGUAUUCCUUAUUGUUCUCCCCGUCUCUGGGGGAGCAGCUGCCGCUGCCUGGCCGGCCUGCCGGGGCAGGAGCUGGCGGAGCCCUGGGCUGCGGGUCCCGCGACUCGCCGGGGGCUUUGGAAAAAUCGUGUCAGUCUUCUCACCCUGCUUCGGCACGACUGAGGAACCAGCACCCCAGAGGACCUGCAUGUCCCCCACACUCGUACCUUGAGUCAUGGCUGAGCUGCACAAGCCUCUUUAGAGUGAGAAAUCUCCAUGCUGGGGUAGGCAUUGAAACAGCUGAUUUGUGUCAACACCAAGUCCAGGCUGCUUUUGAAACUGUCUCAUGUCUAUGCCUGAGCUUUCAAUCCCAUCUGAGAUAUCAAGGUGUGCUCAGGAAUAAUGUAACAACAAGAGUGACAGCAGGCUGCCGGGAUGUCUGUGGGCACGCUGAGCUAGCACAGGAGCCGACCGGGCUCCUGGAGCAGGGACAGAGCUGCGGCGGCCACGGCAGGGAGGUGCCGGCGGUGCCGCUUUUCCCAGGCUGGGAGGGGAAGGAGCGCCAGGGUGGCUGUCCCGGGAUACCUCCGCAGCCGGGAACACCGCAGGAUCGCCGUCGAGGGACGCCGGGCUGGGCCACCACGAGGUGGCAGCCGGAGCCCGGCGAUGAGGCAGCCCCGGCGCGCUCCUGCCCCGCGGUCCCAGCUCGGUGUCCCGCGGGGGGCGCAGGAGCUGCCACAGGGACCCCAAGAGAUUUGUUAAACAACAAAAAAAAAAAAAACCCAACAACCAAAAACGCAAAAAACAAAACAAAGGCAGAGAGAGCCAUAAUUAUCAAGUAACCAGCAAGUAAUGGCAGACUAGGAAAGCCCCUAAAAAUCUUGUAAGUACGAAAGGAAUUUGCCAUUCUCAGAGGACAAGUGUACCUGCCGCCCUCCAACAUCCCUUCCUUUGGGAACAAAUAAUGACCUCGCGCCCCGAAGCAGCUGAAAGGCCUUGUGGAUAUCCCCCUUCUUGACCCUGCUCUGGUUUGCUCAAAAAUUGUUUAUGCAACUGCUUCACAUAUUUGAGAUUAAAAUCAGAGCAGUUAUUUUCCGUUCUCUUUCACUGAGGGGGACGGUGCAGCUCCCGUUCCAGGUGUUCUGCAUGACUGAGACACAGGAUCACAGGAUGGCCAGGGCUGGAAGGGACCUUAAUGAUCACCUGCUUCCAAUCCCCCUGCCUAGGGGACCAAACAGGUGCUUCUUCUGGACCUUAAUGAUCACCUGCUUCCAAUUCCCCACCUGCCUAGGAUACAGAUUCUGUCCUAGAACACUAUUCCUUUCUCCAGCAGAGGCUUUGCUUUUGUGGCUGUUCAUGCAGGACAGUAAAACAGGAGAAACAUGAGCUGCUGGAAGCCAGCCUACUACAGUUUGGGAAUGUGUGAUCCAGUGAGCAUGGCUCAUAAAUCAGCUCCAUAAAAUGGUCACAGGAAAAAAAAAAAAAAAAACCGAACACAAAGAAAAACCCUAAACCAAACCCCAUCCUGUUUUUAGAGGGAACAGCACGGUACUGGGGUUGUGGUUUGCAGGACUGUUCCAGCAGCAGCAGGUAAAUGAAACCUCAAUCUGGCAGACAAAACAAGUGGGCUGAGCCCUCCAGUACAUCUGCUGAGGGUUCAGGAACAGCAGCCACAGCUUUCCCCUGGCCUCUGUGUAAGCCUGAGGUGUAGUUAAGGGCUUCGUGGGCAGACCAGUGGCAUCCCUAAUCCCACAGCUCAGCGGGGAUGUCCUGACCAUGAGCAGGCUCGUUGGUUUGUGGGAACAGGAGAGCAGUGCCCAGCCCCACUGGAGAUGAUGGCACAGCGGGAUGCAGAUUGCCACGCUCCCUGACCCAUGGCCUGGAUGAGCCAGGGCUCUGUGCUCCCUCGGGAUGCUGCUCAGUGUCGCUCUAAGGGGCACAUUCUCAAGUGGUAUUUUUGCUUGGCAUGCAAAUGGUUUAAUUUUUAAACCAACCACUCCCCCCAGCUUUACUGAGCAAGGCCUCACACAAAGCUUAUUUGUCAGAGCAAGCAGGGACGAGGAAACUAAAAGGAACGUUAUCUCAUUUCCUCUUCUGCCAGACAGACAGACAGACAGACAGGGCUGACACAUUGUGAGGGGCUGCUGUGUGUCUGUCCUCAGCUCUCUGCUGAGCCUGCUCUGCCCUUGCCCCAGGCUGCAGCAAGGAGUACUGAAUAUGAAUAUAUUUAAGAGCAGAAGUGCUGCUAAAACAAAGCCUAUUUGUGUUAUCAUGUGAUCACUGCCUUCAUUAUGCCUUUAACAUCCCUUGAUCCAACCACUAAACUUCUUCCACACAACAGUCACCGGAUUUUGAAUUCCAAUAGGCCAAAAGAAACCCAGGCAAUAAGACAUCCAUUAAUUCCAAAAUGUAAAUGACUUUACAUUACUUUAUUAAACAGCCAUUUCUAAAGAACAGUAAAAAAUACGAAAACAUGCAUCAUUUGGUGUUCUUAAAAAAACAUUGUCCAAAAUAAAGACUGUUAGAAAAAUUAAACAAGUUUAGCCCAAAUACCCCUUCUGCUCUCCACAUAAGAUGUCUGGUAGUUAUAAAUACUGUUCCAGCUCCUUUAGCAAAGUUUAACCUUGUGUACAUUAGUAAUUCUAUUACAGGUGGUUGGGUUUUUUAUUCACAUUGCUUCUGUAAACGUGGUCAAUUUUAAAAAUGCACUGCUAUCAA